AUGACUACGACAGAAAGACCGAUACUCAACAUCGACUCCAAGCUGCUUACGCACUGGAACAAGACGCUGGCGACGCUGACUCCGCAGGAGAUCUUGCAGUGGGCGGUGUUGACGUUCCCGGGGCUCUUCCAGACGACGGCGUUUGGGUUGACGGGGCUCUGCACUAUCGACAUGUUGUCGAAGCUCGAGUCUACGAGCAAGCAGGACGCGGCAAGCGCUGUCGAGCUGGUAUUUGUGGACACGCUUUACCACUUCCCGCAGACGCUGCAGCUCGUAGCGGACGUGAAGAAGAAGUACCCGAACUUUAAGCUUCACAUGUACAAGCCGGAGGGCUGUGCCACGGACGCGGACUUUGCGGCGAAGUACGGCGACGAGCUCUGGAGCACAGACGAGCUCAAGUACGACUACCUCGUCAAGGUAGAGCCGCUCAAGCGGGCGUACGAGGAGCUGGGCAUCAUGGUGGUGUUCACGGGCAGACGGCGGUCGCAGGGCUCUGCGCGUGCAGAGCUGCCGAUUGUCGAGGUCGACGAGACGCUGCAGGUGGUGAAGAUCAACCCGAUGGCGUCGUGGUCCUUCGCGGACGUGAAGAAGUACAUCGACGAGAACGGCGUGCCCUACAACGAGCUCCUCGACCUCGGAUACAAGUCUGUCGGCGACUGGCACAGCACCGAGCCCGUUGCAGAGGGCGAGGACGAGCGCAGCGGCAGAUGGAAGGGCAAGGCCAAGACCGAGUGCGGCAUCCACGUCACCUCCAACUACUCGCAGUUCAUCAACAACGAGCAGAAGUGA